GUUAUAUCUAUUUCGACACUUUGUCAUAAUUUUGACAUCACAUAUAUUAAACUCAAUAUUGCGUUUUAAAUCAUAUUGAGUGUAUUAUGGCCAACUUAGAAAAUUUCUCCAAGCGACUACGAAGGGAAACUAGGAACGUGCAUAAAAUUAGCGAUGCACUGGUAAACACAAAAUUUUUUUUCGCACUUUCAGAUAAUUCUGUGUGGGCCGAUGGACUGUUGGUAUUUUAUGAGAUUUUUCGUUUUUUAGAGACAAACAUGUCAGAGGAAUUGCUUCCAAAAGAAUUUCAUCGAACAUCAGCCCUCGAAAGGGACCUCGAAUUCUAUCUGGGUGAAAAUUGGAAACAUGAUUACGAAAUGCGAAACAGCGUUAAAAUAUAUUUGAAGCAUUUGUAUGAUGUAAAAAAACGCAGCCCAACGCUUUUACUGGCAUAUGUGUACCAUAUUUAUAUGGGGCUGCUUUCUGGAGGGCAAAUAUUACAAAAGAAACGAUUAUUGAACCCACUAAAUCAUGGUUGCAAUAAGAGGGGUGAAGCCGUCACUUCGUUCGACGGCUACACAAUAGCAGAAUUAAAAACAAAAUUGCGCAAUAUAUUCGAUACGAAAGCCAAGGACUUUGAUGAAUCGAUAAAAACUUUACUCAUUGCCGAAAGCAAGAUGGUUUUUCAUCUGAACAACGAACUUGUGCGCAGCGUUCGUGGCAUGAGUCGAGUUAAUCUACGAAAA